CUCCGCGCUCUACCUCUCCCUUCAUGUGAGACAGACAGCCACGAUGCAGUCCCUCGCCCGCCCGGUCUGCCGUCAGCUCACUCGUCACGCCCGUCAGCGCACCAACACCGCCGCCAAUGCCUCUCGCGCACGACCCCUCCUCACGACAUCACCACCGCGGCAUCUCGCUGUUUCCUCCCAGCGCAGAUAUGCCUCCCACCGCUCAGACACCGGCCGCGACGCCCGCUCUGCUGUCAUCAGUGUGCUGAACAACAUCGCCUCUAAGCGCGAAGUCCAGCAAUACCUGGCCCAGUUCACGUCCGUGUCUUCACAGCAAUUCGCUGUGAUCAAAGUUGGCGGAGCCAUUCUUACAGACUACAUUGAUGUCCUCUGCGCUUCCCUUCGCAAUCUCAAUCAGAUGGGCUUGUACCCUGUCAUCAUCCAUGGAGCAGGACCUCAACUCAACAAACUCCUCGAGGAGGCCGGGAUCGAACCCAAGUACAACGAGGGCAUUCGCAUUACCGAUGGAAAGACACUCGGUGUGGCCAGAAAGUUGUUCUUGCAGGAGAAUUUGAAGUUGGUAGAGGCGCUGGAGUCUUGGGGUGUCAAGGCCCGCCCCAUUACCAGUGGAGUUCUCAUGGCUGAUUACAAGGACAAGGAAACUUACCAAUUCGUGGGAGAGGUCAACCAGGUCAAUGCAGGGAGCAUCAAAGCUGCAAUUGCAGAUGGCUAUAUUCCUGUUCUGACGUGUAUGGCGGAGAGUGAAGAAGGCCAAGUCCUCAACGUCAAUGCGGAUAAAGCUGCUGCUGAGCUUGCAAAGGCAUUGGUGCCUUUGAAGAUUGUGUAUCUUUCCGAAAAGGGCGGCAUCUAUGACAAGGAGACUGGAAAGUUGAUUGAGGCAAUCAAUUUGGACGAGGAGUAUGAUGAGUAUAUGAAGAAACCUUGGGUGAUUCAUGGCACGAGGAGCAAGAUACGGGAUAUUAAGUCUCUGCUUGACAACUUGCCACGCAGCUCCAGCGUUGCCAUUAUUCAUCCCGAAAGCCUGGAACGUGAACUUUUCACCCACUCUGGAGCUGGUACUUUGAUCCGCAGAGGGACCAAACUACACACGGCAUCGACUUUGAAGGAAUUCUCGGAGCCAGCGAAACUGAAACAAGCACUCACUCGCGACCGCGAAGGCCUCGACGCUGCAAAUGUCGUCGAUCGAUACCUCGAGAUUCUGGAGUCUAGGCCAUUCCAAGCCUAUUUCGAUGAGAAUAUGGAGGCUUUGGCGAUCGUUCUUCCACCAGACAAUACCCCAAAUGCCAUGGCGCAGCUCGCUACACUUACCAUGACAAGAAAUGCUUGGUUGUCGAACAUCGCCGAUAACGUCUUCCAGAACUUGAAGAGAGAUUGGCCCAGACUUACUUGGACAGUUAAGCAGGAUGACGAGAAUCUGACUUGGUUCAGUGAGAAGGCUGAUGGGCACCUUGCGCGGGAUGGGGAGGUCCUCUUCUGGUACGGUAUCGACAGCCCAGAUGAGGUUCGCGACUUGAUGAGCGAAUUCAUCAAGCAAGGCCGUAAGAUGUUCGGUGACACUAACCUCGAAUCCCACAUCCACCGCGCAAGCUCCACAGCCGAACGCAUCAGAGCCAAUGCUGCCAACUUGGCCAAGUCAAGACCUCAGGCGGCACGUGCAUUCAGCACCAAUGCCAGGCCAAUGAGACGCGUCCGAACAGACGGCCUUCAGCAGAUCCGGACUUAUGCGACGACCAACCCCAACCCCCCGCUUGGUGUCAAGAACCGCGAGAAAGACUAUCCUUCCAAGGUGGCUCUCAUUGGCGCUCGUGGUUACACUGGAAAGGCUCUCAUCGACCUGUUGAACAACCACCCCAACUUUGACCUCUGUCACGUUUCUUCCCGAGAGCUCAAGGGUCAAGAACUCAAAGGUUACGAUAGCAAGAAGAUCAUUUACGAGAGCCUCUCGCCUGAUGAUGUUCGUAAGAUGGCAGAGAGCAAGGCGAUUGACUGCUGGGUCAUGGCUCUUCCCAAUGGUGUUUGCAAGCCAUAUGUCGAUGCUAUUGAAGAGUCCGGCCACAAGGAAGCUGUCAUUGUUGAUUUAUCCGCAGAUUACAGGUUUGAUCCGAACUGGACCUACGGCCUCCCGGAGCUCGUACAACGCAACAAAAUCGCCUCUGCCACCCGCAUCAGCAACCCAGGAUGUUAUGCCACCGCUGCCCAGCUUGGCAUUGCUCCACUAGUGCCAUAUCUCCCACCAUUCCCAGCACAACCCACAGUCUUUGGCGUCUCAGGAUACUCAGGCGCCGGCACGAAACCUUCUCCCAAGAACGAUGUCGAAGUGCUCACCAACAACCUCAUCGCCUACUCGCUCACAGACCAUAUUCACGAACGCGAAAUCUCCUCCCAGCUCGGCACCGAAGUCGCUUUCAUCCCUCACGUUGCAGUCUGGUUCCAGGGUAUCCACCACACCAUCUCCAUUCCUCUGGCAGAGAAGAUGGCGUCGAGAGAUGUCAGACAGCUCUACCAAGAUCGUUUUGACAAGGAGAAACUCAUCAAAAUCACCGGCGAGUCUCCACAAGUCAAGAACAUUUCGGGUCGCCAUGGAGUGGAAAUUGGAGGCUUUGCAGUGCACUCCUCGGGUAAGAGAGCGGUGGUGAAUGUUACGAUUGACAACUUGCUCAAGGGCGCUGCUACCCAGUGUUUGCAGAACAUGAAUCUUGCGCUGGGGUAUAGUGAGUAUGAGGGCAUUCCAUUGGAUUAAAUAUGGGGUCGCCAAAGUACGAAGCUGGAUAGUGUCAGAGGACGCGGAGGUGAGUGCGGAAAAUGAGCGGAUGGGCCUAGGAAUGUUGAAAAUGGGAGGAAAUUGUUAUCCUUUCGUUGGUUGUUAGAUGUCGAUAUGAUGGUACUAAUUCGAGCGAUCGAAUCGUAAGACUUUUACAAAUUAGCGUUCAAGCUUGUACCUACCUAUCGUGUCUGAAAUCAUGUACGUUG